GCCCCUCGGUCCAAUACGACCCACGUGUGCCCUGGACACGGAAGCCCUCGGAACCCACAACCGGACUACACUAUUUAUUAGACGCUCACGAUAUGCACCUUGUAUCCAGUCCCUUGUUUCGUGUACCAUUUGCACUUACCCGUUUUGUUGCCUCUAGGGCGGUCGCAACUGAACCAAAGGAUCCAAUUCAGAGGGCUUUUCUUCAAAAGUUGCGGGAGUAUUUCCAGAAGAGCAAAUCUAACGAAUUUGGGCUUGCUGAAGCUACUCCGUCGGAGUUAAAAGAAAUAACUGGACUGCUUGCAAUGGUCGAUCAGAUUUAUGGCGCAAAAGGGCAAGAUAUGACAAAGUUUCCCACUUUUGAAUUCAAAGAACCUCAGUUGGUCCAUCCGAGCUCUUCAGUUUCUGUUGACCCUCCUGCAGAAACUGAAGUCGAGGAACCUAUAGACGAAAUGUUUGGUAACCGUCGCAAACUCAUAUUGUAGUAUUCCCACAUGCUGAAUCCCAUGGUCCCCUUUGAAAUUAGUGUGUAGUUACGGCGAAUAUAUGCGUUUAGGUCCAUUGCUU